AUGAGCAGGGCAGGGGAACUACCUGCAGAAGGGAAAUCUACAGCGACGACCAUGGAAGACCUCAACUUGGUUCUUGGACACAAGACCUCACGGAGUCUUGCUGAUAGUGAGAGUCUAGCCAGCGCCAACCGAAGCAGCAGCAGCAGCAUGGGCUGUCGAGUCUGUCGCGCGAGAAAGGUCAAAUGCGACGGUCGGCCCAACGGCUGUCGCAAUUGUGAACGUCUCCAACUCGAGUGUGUUGACGAUGACGGUUCAAAGUCUGGCAGUCGGCGUGGAUCAGUUCCUGUGUCCCUGAGGAAGAUCAGGACUUACCGGUCAUGUACCAGCUGUCGCGUAUCAAAGACUAAAUGCGACGGCGACCGCCCGAGAUGUUCACGAUGUAGCGCCCGUAAUCUCGAAUGCCAGUAUGACGGAGGCUCGGCUCCUCGCUGGGCACGCAACCUCAGCAAGGCACCAACUUCGGGCUCGACUGAGGAAGAUCUAGAGUCUUCUCUGGAUGCUUCCUCAAUUGCUGGGGAGAGUCUGAGGUCACACAGUCUCAUCCAGUCACGGGAGAACGAUGUCGCAACGUCUCAUCGAUCAAGCACCAGAGAUACCAGCAGCAUUAAUCCACCCAUAGACUUUUCCGAUGAUACCGAGUUAUCUAUUCAUUCAUGGCUCAUAUCACCAGAUCUCCCAUCUGGAAACAAUAUUCGUACCGUAGUCGACCACUAUUUUGCCAACAUUCAUCCUCUGCGAUGCUUUGCUUUUGUACAUAGACCAUCAUUUGCUCGUCUGUUAGAUAAGGGCUUUGAGUCCGAUGACGAGAAGGCACUGCUGCACAUUAUUUGCGCACAAGGAGCCAAAUUCUAUGCUUUGUCCAUCAAUUUGGAGGAUCAAGAUGCCAAAGCGAGUUUGAUCCGAGCUGCGGGCAACAGCUGGGCACAAAAGGCUGAAAUGCUGGUGCUCACCAACUUUGGCAAGAUUUCAGUCCAAAGACUCAUGACAUGCAUAUUACUUUACGACUUCCAUUUCAGACUAGGCGAAUACACCCAAGCUCUGAUGCUGAGUGGUCUCGCAGUCCGAAUGGCUCACGCACUACAGCUCAACGUUGAAUUCUCACCCGACAUUCUCUGCGCAGAGGCCAACGAGUCCUCCCCUCCAGCCGUUGAGAAGGAGAGUCGUCGUAGACUCAUGUGGGCCUGCUACAUCCUAGAUGCCUGGACGGGUAGUGGUGUCGAUCAAUUAACACUACUGCGUGAAGCCGAUAUUAAAAUCCAGUUGCCAUGUAACGAACGUAACUUCAGACUCCGGAUCCCUUGUGUAACUGAGACGCUCGGUGUUGGCCACGUUCUGCAAUUCCUCCCUCCUGCGAUUGUUCCACGAAGGCCGGCUGCCAACAUGGGCAUCAUGGCUUACUACAUCCGAAUUGUCACCUUAUGGAAACGGGUAGUCAGAUAUGUAAAGCAUCUGAAUACGAGCCCGCCUCCGUGGCUUCCAGAGUCCGACUUUGCAGCUCUUGAUGCAGAUUUGCGAUCAUGGGGACGACAUCUUCCCGAGUUCAUCUCAUACUCCACUGACACCAUUUACGCACGCCUCGAAUCCGAUCAGCUCGGAAUAUCUAUGCCUGAUCUUUUCAAGUUGAUCAAGCCUUUCUACUUCCCACCUAACCAGCAAGAGUUCCUGCAAUCGUUACAAGCCGAUUGCUUUUACCAUGCGAAGCAGAUCUCCACUAUCUUAGCUGAGGCGGUACAACAUGGUGCAAGAUAUCUUGCCGAUAGUCUCCUCCCCUGCUUCGCUUAUGAUAGUAGCCGUGUGAUGUUGUACUACAUUGCAAGGCUCCUUGACUUGAGUAGACCUGAUGCAGAAACGAUUGUUGUGGACGCAAUCAAUGCCGUGGAAAGUAACAGCAAGAUCCUACGGACAAUGGCAGCUCUGUUCCCACUCGCCGAUUCUCUAGCAACGACGACUGAAAGAUGGCUGGCCAAGAUUCGCAAGACUUUUGCCCAGGAUGAACAUAUGAGCGACCGUCCUUUCCAUGGCGACGAGGAAAGGUCACCGAUUCUGACUGGGAGUCCCGUCACCAGCAGUCCUGACGAGGCCAUGGGAGCUCUUGGCCUGGCACGUCUUGCGCAAGGUCAAAGCAGUGAUAUGAAGCCGAUAGACCGUGAUGCUUGGAACAAGGUGGAAAGCGGCAGUCCAACUGCGAGCAAAAAAGGAGCUGGAUCUGUGUCUGGGGCGAGCAGUCAACCCGAAGUAACGCCCGCACGAUCCAAACUACAGCACGAGCAGCCAGUAUCUCAACGGACACCCCCAGGAGCUACGACUUCACACAUGGACCACCAAGCAGUAGAUCUCAGCGAUUUGCAAAACUACCUCUCGUGGGAUAUGUAUGGAAUUAUGGAGAUGAACGACAAUGGCUUGAAGGCUGGCAUAGAAGACAAUGGCAUGCCAUCCUGGAGUACGAUGUGA